AUGGGACCCAAAGCUCUCUAUUUGGGGUUGCUUUGUCUGCUCUUUGCCUAUUAUUUCUACACACCCAUACCAAGCAACAUUGAAGAAAGAUGGAAAGUAAGGAUCUUGGAUGCAAUGAUUAAAACGUGUACAUUUACGGCUACGUGUUUGGAAAAUAUUGGCAUUAUGAGAUCUGAAGAUUUUUUAUCCAUUCUGUUGAGGCUAGACUAUACUCAGCCAUUUUCAGAUGAGAACGUCACAGUUUCCGAUUUGACGUUCGUUGGCAUUCCAGUACGUCUAUAUUUGCCGAAGAGAAAACCAGAAAUCCCAAGAAGGGCUGUAAUUUAUUUUCAUGGUGGUUCUUAUUGUUUAGGAAGUUUCAAGCAGACGGGAUUUGACUUACUGAACAGAUGGACAUCGAGCACACUUGAAGCCGUGGUUCUGGCAGUGGACUACAGACUAGCUCCUCAACACGUGUUUCCUGCUCAGUUUGAAGACAGCUUUGCCGCAGUCAAGUAUUUUCUUCAAGAUGAAGUUCUUAUGAAGUAUGAAGUGGACCCCACCCGGAUCUGUAUUUCUGGAGACAGUGCAGGAGGUGCGUUAGCAGCAGCUGUGACGCAACAGGUACAGAAUGAUCUUCAAAUAAAACAUAAAAUCAAGGCACAGGCUUUACUUUAUCCUCACUUACAGAUAAUAGAUUCUUUUUUCCCAUCUCAUCAAGAAAAUGAGCAUGGUAUUUUUUUGACAAAAGACCUAGUCAUAAAAUUUCUUACAUUAUAUUUAGGCAAAGAUGAAGCACUUUUUUGGGCAAUUAAAAAAAACCACCACAUGCCUCUGGAAUCCAGAUACCUGUUCCAGUUUGCAAACUGGAGUAUUCUCCUGCCUGAGAAGUAUCGAAAGGGCUUUGUCUAUACUGAACCAAUUCUGGGGAAAUCAAGAAUCUCACUGCCAGCACUUACAGACAUCAGAACAUCACCUUUGUUGGCCAAUGAUACACAAUUGAAGAAUUUGCCCGCCACUUACAUCCUUACCUGCCAAUAUGAUAUCAUCAGGGAUGAUGGACUCAUGUAUGUCUCAAGACUCCAGAAAGUCGGUGUUCAUGUGACUAAUGAUCAUAUUGAAGAUGGGUUACAUGGAGCUUUAUCUUUCAUGGCAUUUCCAAUCUCCCUAAAGCUAGGUCUCAGGAUAAGGGAUUUGUAUAUUAGUUGGCUAGACAAGAAUUUAUAA